AUGGAGGGGAUGGAGGAGCCAGAGGCCAGACCUGCCAGUGGGGGCCUUCAAGAAUCCAAAAUAGAGAGCAGAAUAGCCAGCUCCAUGGAAGUGACCUCAGCUAUGGAGAGAAGUGGCACUGAGUCACAGCUCAAUAAUGGACAACUCCCAAGACCCUGGUCCUGCCCUCAGGAAGACAGAACACCCAGCCAGAUGGCCCCCCACCCUCCCAGGGCAUGGGGUAUACAGCCCCAAGGACCCUCCGUGCUGGAGUCCAAGGUCAGGGCCUUGAAGGAAAAGAUGACAGCAGGCAAACAGGGGGCAAGCCCCUGCCUCACUACCCAUGAGAGACCAUCCCCCAAGAAACCCAAAUGCCGACGAGUCAAAGGGGGUGGAACCAGAGAUCCAUCAGCAGGGUCUCCCUUGCUGGAUACGGCUGUGGUUCUCCAUGCUCAGAACCCAAACGAAGGACAGCUGGACAACAGUGCCAAUGAGAAGGAACUUGCCAUGAAUGAGAGCUCCAGACCUCCCAGGCCGCCCACCCCUAGGCUGGAGUGCUACAAUGAGAGGAGCCUGUGGACUCUGCCUGACCAUGAGAGGAGUCUGCUGCUAGGGUCCAGCUCUUUGCAAGAUAGCCCCAUCCACAGAGUCAUUUCAGGACGACCUAGGGGCCCUAGACCUUGUGACAGAAUUACCCACGUGCCCAACCUGAAGAAAGGAAGGUCAUGCCCCCUUCAGGAUGAUCUAUAUUCAGGGGAAGACCUGGACAGCUUGUCUCUAACCUCUGAGGAGGACUUUGUCCCCAGACCAGGCCUGCUGGGGGGCCUCUGGAGAGCUGGAGACCUGGGGGCUCUGGGCACUGGGCGCAGCGCCUUGCCCCUGUCUGAACAGGUGGAGAGGAAUCGCCUUCUUCUGCAGGAGCUGCUCAUUGUUGGGGGGCAGGGCCCCUCCAAGGUGGGAGUCCCAGCUCGGACUCUCUCCUGGGACAGAGCUGUAUCAGAGCAACCGCCUGGGGAUAUGGACUGGGACUCAGGCAUCUCCCUGCAGGACUCAGACCAGAACAGGACCUUUGGCCCCAAGCCGGAGCCCGUGCUGAGGAGCCCCAGGCAUGAGGAAGCCAAGCACCUGCUGCAGCGCGCCCGCAUGAAGGCCAGGACCCGACCCCUCCGUGCCAGCCAUGAUAUCAUACCCACCAUUGAACAGAGUGGCCGGAGAAACCCAGCCCUGGACCGGAGGGUGCCCUUUGCCCGCAGAGACAACCUCCACAACGGGAGCACGAGCGACUCCUCCAGCGGGGAGUCCAGCAGCGGGCAGUGGCCGAAGCGGGGCCCCUCCCCGUCUCGCGUCCGCUUCGAGGAUGAGUCCGCCCGGGAGGCCGAGUCCCGCUACCUGGACCGGCUGCAGCAGCGCCAGCGCCAGGUGCUGGGCCCCGCGCUGCAGAUGGCAGAGCAAGGCCCCCUGCGCUCCAAGCCAGAGCUCGCAGACUACAUGGCCGGGGGCCUCCUGCGCAGGGACCCAAGCGAACGGACUCUGCACAGGCUUGUGGGCCACCUGGACCAGAGAGCCUUCCCGGAGUGGCCGCCCACACGGGGCAUCCAGAGGACCUGCCAAGCCUGCGGCAGUUGCAUUGAGGACGCACGCCCUGCCCUUGGGAAGGCAGCCCCGGACCCCAAGGUCCUCCAGGAGCACAAGGCUGCUGCCUGUGGGCUGGAGGGAGUGCUGGCAGAGCCCCUUAGCUGUUGGGGUUUGAGCGCCCCCUUCAGGCUCCUCCCCACCGAGCAAGGGUCCCACACCGAAUGGAUCCGGGAGACACAAAUUGGAGACUCUGUGUGUCCCCUGGAGGUGGACUCCGCCUUGGAUAGCACGGACACCUCAGACAGCUGCAGGACCGACAGCGAAGAGGCCGGGACCUCUCAGCCCCUUAGAGCCCGUGGCCCCCGACUGCGGGGCUCCAGGCCUCGUGGAGGCCACAGGUGGUUCCGGAAGGCGGAAAGGGAGCCACCUGAGAUCCCUCCGGCCCCAGUCCCGCACAACCUGCCUGGCGUUGAUCUCCUGGAGUUUUCAGAUGAAGUGAAAGAAGGCAGAGGACACACACCUGAGGGGACUCUGUUCCCCGGAGAAAACGCUUCCUCCAAGCCUCCUGUGCAGGAACCCGAGAGGGCCGCCCUGGGGCCCCAGGGGGAGUUGCGACCAGGACUGAGAAACCCCUGGGCUCCCGCUGUGGAUUCCUUGGCUCUGUGGGGAAAGGCCUGUGCCCCGGCCUCCUGUAAGAAGCUGGCACCCUUGGGGCCAGGCAGACAAGACCAGGUUAUAGAAAGCCACAAGUCUCUGGAAACCAUCCCCCUGCAACAGAGCCACGCUGAGCCCUCUGCCCUACACAAGGCCCAGCAGCCAACUUCUUCCCUUUCCUCAGAGGGCUGGGUGCCAACUCCUCCUCCUUCCAGGAAAACCACGUCACCUGCGCCUCACAGGAAGGCACCCCGCAGGCCUGGUGGCCGGGGAGAAUCUGUGGGCACCCCCCGGCCUCCUUCAGGAAGUGCAGUUCCCAGGACCUGUGAGCUCAGCCCCCCACAGACACAGCCCUUCGGCCACCAAGGCUGGCACCCACUGUUGGGCCUCUCCACCAACAACUGCAACAACAGCGAGCCUGGGGGGCUGAGGGAGUCCUCAGGGGGUACCAUCCUCGAGGGCCAGGUAGAGAAGGGCACCAGCAGCCAGGAGCCCGAGGCACCCCUGGAGAACUGCAAAGAUGGAGGAAUCCAUGACUUUCUCACCCCCGCAGGUGUGGGCACCAUCAGCUCCAUGGGUGUCACCUUCUCCCUGGCCUUAGAAGAGCCAGAAUCCCGCCAGGAUCCAGAGGGAGGCCUGCAGAGGACAGAGUCACGUUCUGAAGGGCUCCAAGACCUACCAGGGGUCAGUGCAGGACCUGGCCCUCCCUCAGCUGCCCCUUCUGACAGGAACAAGAAAGCCAGCAGCAGCAUCACUACCCUGGGGCUGAAAAAGUUCUUGUUGGCCUUGGGCCAGGGCACACGGCCCAAGUUGGGCAAGUCCCGCAGCUGCAGUGUGGAGCAGCUGCAGCCCCCUGCACCUGGUCCGGCUUCCCACACAAGCAGCCCCAAAGUGAAGAGAGCCCCAUCGUUACAAUCCCUGCAUCCGGUGUCCUCCUCUCACCAACGUCGGAAAGCGGCCUCCUUUCAGAACCUCCAUUCCCUGCUGAGUGGCAAGGUGGACCGGUCCAGCCUGUACCUGGUAGGGGAGCCAGGGGACCACAGCGAACCUGGCAGAUUAGCCAAGGCCCCACCCCGGCGUGCGCUCAGCGUAGAGGACGUGGGUGCCCCCAGCCUGGCCCGAACCGUGGGCCGCGUGGUGGAGGUGUUCCCGGACGGCACCAGUCAGCUGCAGCUGCAGCGCUCACCCGAGGGCACGUUUGGUUUCUGCGUGGCCUCCGGGAAUGGGCGCCGGGACUCAGGCUUCUAUGUGCAGGAGAUGGCUGAUGCAAGUACGGCCAAGCUGUAUUCGGGGCUGCUGGGGGUGGGGGAUGAGAUCCUCGAGGUGAACGGGGCCAAGGUUGCAGGGCUGGGAUUGGCUCACAUUGAGGAGCUCCUGACCCAUGCAGAGAGCUUGUCCCUCCGUGUGCUGAGGCAGAGGCCUAUCCCGCAGUGA